AUGGACGAUUGCAAACAACUAGGCUCCAAUGACUUUACAAGUAGUCAGAAUUUCCCCUUUCUAGUUUCGCUAUUGCAAUCUCAGGGUAAGUUCAUUGCAGACAUCAUACCUUCAACCGGCGACUCUCAAGAACUAGCGCAGAAUCUAUCCCGGCUCUUAUCUCGACCGACGCGUGAAAUUGAAGAGUAUUUCAAGUGUUUAAAUGACGACUUGCUGGUGCUGCCGUCGAAUAUAGAUGAGCUUUUUGAUGAUGGUGGCGGUUGUAUCAGCACCGGAUUGCCUGAGGUUGAUCGAGAUUUGGGCGGCGGCAUUGCCGCUGGCGAAGUCACGGAAGUGUUUGGAGCGAGUGGCUGUGGCAAGUCGCAGUUUCUCUACCAGAUCUUGCACAAUUGCAUGCUACGAUUCCCGCAGAGCAAGCCCAUACUCGUGGCCACUGAGUCGUUUAUGGAGUCAAAGAGACUAGAAAGCAUCUUCAAAAGCGAUAAGAGUGAGUCGGUCACCACCAAAUUGGACCGCACGUCGUAUAUAUAUUGUCCCGAUUUAGAAAGCCAAGACCACAUCUUGUUUACUCAGUUACCGAUCCACCUAAGUCAGAACCAAGGAGAGACAAGAUUAUUGGUGAUUGACUCCAUUGCGCAGCAUUUCCGACGCGAGGAUGCCGUGUCGCAUGCCACGGCGUUCAAGAAAAAACUCCAUGCUCAAGCUGAGUUGCUCGCCGAGGAUCCAGAAUUUACCAACAAUAUCCUCCCGAAACAGCGCAACCAAAUGAAGCUGAUGCUGCUGAAAUCGGCGAAAUACGCCAUGCGGUCGGCGAAGGCCUCGUAUCUUUGCCAAAUCUACCGACACUUGAUUCGACUAGCGCGGCAGUUCAAAAUCGCCAUCGUGGUGGUCAACCAAGUGAGCGCGCACACCAUGGACUAUGACAAUGGCAAGGGGGAGUGGGACAAUGUCAUCGAGGAAGAUCUCCUAUACCCUUUGAAUCUCGAUUUCCAAACCUUGGUCUCGUCAGGCUGGGACCCCAAAGUAGUUUCAAAGCAUCUUCCAACUUCAUCAGUUCAGGUGAAUGAGCGAGAUCUCGAACUCCUAGACUUGGAACUCGCAGAAACGGAGAAAAACUCAGAUCCAGUCGAACAAGCGCGCAAACGGCAACGCACCAACGCGGGAGGACACGCUGUGGACGAUCCACGAUAUAAUAGAGUAAACCUUGUUGAUCUCGUAGCAAGCCAACGCGACUUGAUAUUAAAAGCGCACGAUUUACGCAACAAGAACACCAAGAAAUUAGUGCCGACGAUGGGAUAUACGUGGUCGUCGCGGAUUCAAAAUCGGAUAAUGUUGAUGAAAACGUAUAAACCGGUGCUCAAGCUGGAAGAUGAAAUCAGAAAGGAAAUUGCAGAUUCUAGUGAUGAUGAUAACAACAUCACUACUGAUAGCGUUUCAGUUGAUCCCGAAACGGGGUUGACGUUUGCUCUGCUUUGUCAAGGGUUCAAUCGAAGUAAAAAACAGCAAAAUGCAGACCAUAAAAAUACAGAGCCGCCGCUGGGUCAGAAUCAAACCAGAUUGCUGAUUGUCAAAGGCUGGCAGGUUGAACGGUUUGCUAAAGUUGUCUUGAGUUCAACCGUGGUGAAAACGGGGCGCAUCUGCGGGUUCAAGAUUGAAGAUGACGGACUUCGACCUGCUUAG